GUGUAUUUGCUUUGAUGACGACAGAACUGCAGGUUCGGGCAGGGUGGGUGUGUGACGCGCCGUGUUAGAGGAGUAUCCUGAGCUCCCAGCUCUCAGUCAUUCACGCAGACUCUCUCUCUCACACACACACACACACACACAAGAGAUAUAGCUCACCAGUGCCCACACACACAAAGGGAAAGGAGACAUCAGCAAGAGAUCAGAGGUAACAAAAAAAGGAGCUGUGAAGUACGAAAAUAAAAAGAGUGCAACAGGAGACAGAAAGAGAAAAUAUGACAAUUGGCAAGAACUCCAGGAAAAGCUCUGUGCGGAGCUCAAUCCGGGCCCCAAAGUUUCUGGACAAAGCCAAUGGCUUCUACGGUCGCCUUGAUGAGCCUGAGGCCGCCAGAGAAGGGGAGGAGGUGAGGGGAAAAGAAGUGGAGGAGGGGUGGAACGGGACAGAGGACAGCAACAGACAGGGGGGAGUCGAGAGCAGCCCGAGCCCAAGUGUGGUGCACAUUUCUGGGGCAGAUGAGAGGGAAGAAGCAGAGAUGUUUGACUUCAAUGAAGAGAUGAUGGAAGACGACGGGGAGACUCUCCUCCGGAGGAAACCCAGCCGCCGCAGCAGCAGGUGGAGAAGGAGCUCCAGGAGGAAGCAGAAGGAGGUGAGAGCCGAGGAGGACGCGGCCCAAGAUGAGAGGCCCCGCCUGGGCACAGAGAGUCCAGUUGACCCACACGUCUUGGAUGACACCAGGGUGAUAAUCGAGGUAGAGAUGGAGAAGCUGAAGAAGAUGGGGGAAGAGAAUGAGAAGGCAGGAAGCGGCAAGGAGCCCACGCUUGUUCACUUCCCGGUUCGGGAAGAGGCGGACGACCAGGUCCUGAUCCGAGACAAGAAGAGAGGGAGAGACGAGGAGGGUGAGGAGGAGAGGAGGAUGAGGAGGGAGCAAGAGGAGGGGAUGAAGGUGGUGAAGAGGAACACGAUGAAGAAUUACCGCAAGGCCUUGGACCGAGCCUUUCGUCGCGGCUGGGAGGCCUUCAUCACCAACCUCUACAGCAUCACGCUCACACCUGAGACAUCGUCCUCACCGUCAUCUUCUUCACCUUCGUCAAAGCAGAAACAUCAACACAACUCUGUAUUAGCUGAGUUUCAGUAGAGCUGGAAAGCGACAUGGACGAUAGAAUGAGCCCCUUUCUGAUAUUUUGUUUGUUUAAAUCAUGAAUAUGCAGCAUUUCCACUAAUACUGAAUUGUGAUGGCCAAUCUUGCCUGUAUGACAUUUACCAUGCCAUCAGUGGGGACUUUCAUAGUCACAUGAUGUGUUUGUGUCAUGCAUAAGGCCUCAGAAACAUUAAUUAUUUAUGUUAGUUACUGUCUUAAUUACUCAUCAUAAAGUUCACUGCCUUGUCUCAUGAUGGUGUACAUUUGCACACAGACUGCAGGUAUUCAAUUUUACAUUAUGAGCUGGGAGAGCCAGCUGAGGAUUUUCCAUUCAAGUCAGUCCCACUGACUUGAAUGGAAAAGUCCCAUCUUUAUGUGACUGAGUUCAGCUGCUUUUGGUCCCCUUCUACUAUGUUACUCUGUAUUUCAGAUUUUAAACAGUGACGUGAGAACGUCUUAACAUCUUAGCUCCUUACAUCCGGUCCACUAUUAAGAGCUUGGAGCACAAAUAAUAUCAGCUUCCUUUGGUUUAGCACUAUGAAACUACUAAAGCGUUGAUGUGUAACAAAAAGGAAUGGACAUUUUCAACUCUAUAGCGAUGACUGAUUAGUGGACUUUAGUUCUGGAGAUAUUCACAUUUCUGUAUGUUAAUCAGUGCCAUUUAUUGUUGUCUGGUGAAGGUUAUUUAACCUGAAGGGACAGGACAGGAGAAUGUAUGCAUGUGUGUGCAUUUGAGAGAGAGAAAUUGAAUAUUUUUAUAGCCUGGUUAUAAAUCAGCACUAAACACAGUAAUAGGACCCACUGUAUGUCUUUUGAUUGUUACCAUUGCAGCUGCACAUCACGUUUGUUAUACACAUUCCCAUUUGAAAAGAGAGGUUUUAGGAGCCUAAAACGUCAGUCAUUGGGACUGUGAAGAACAAAACAGUAUUUAAGAACUAACUAUAACUUCAGUAUCAACGUGCAACUGGGGACAUGAAGACAUGAUGUAAGUUAUUCAGAUACAGAUACUCAGUGUAUUAAUGAUUGACCCUCAUUAAAAUGAAAAAUGUAAUGUUUACAAUAGACCUGCUGUAACUUUCUGUUAUCCACUAUGUAUCUGGCUUUUAUAUUACCUCAAGUGUACUCAGUAAUUCUUGCAGACUAGACUGAACAGCUGUAUAUAGUGAUUAUCUUUGUUAAUUUUUAUAAAAACUCAUUUUGUAUCCUAAUCAAAGCUUCUGAGGUCAUGAACCAUAACAAGAAGCACUUUUCUGAGUAAAUAAAGACUUAAUAUAUUUUACUGGUUGUAUUUUCAUAUUGAGUACAGAUCUGUCUGGAUUUUAAUUAGCUUAUGCCAGAGUCAGUAUUAUAUGGAUGAAACAGAUUGAAUGAGAUGUAAAACACAGCAUCACAUCAUCAUGUGAGAUCGCCAUAGCAACUGUAACCAUGACACUACUAGCAGCGUCAAAAAGUGACCAAUGAAAAUACUAAUACAAGAUGAAGAUUUAGCUUUAACCUGCUGAACUUGUGAAUAUUGAAUAUUGUAUGUAAAUGUAUAGUUUUCUAAUCUAACUAUAAACUAAUAUUUGAACUCUUACAUUUCAACAAAGAAUAUUUUAUCUUCGAAUCUUACUCUUACAGUAUGGUAUAUUUACAGAUGUUCACUAUGGGGCCAUCAGCUGAUACUGUAUAUAUAGUAAAUAGAAUAACAGAAAGUAGUAGAAGUAUUAGACUGCACAUGAUACAUACCACAACACAGUGGUUCAAAGUUCAGUUUAAUUGUCACUUCAACAAAAAACCCCACCUGAGAUGAAACUUUGUUUCCACAGGACCAGUCCUAUAGGGUCAAAACUUCAGCUAAAGAAACUUGAGGGUAAAGAACAACUUUAUUAUGAGACCAACAUGUUUCGGCUUAGCCUUCAUACUACAAGUGAAGUGUGAAAUCCCACCUCUGUGUCUACAGGAAGACCAACAAAACACAAAAAGAGCAUGUGUAGAGCUGUUUGCAAUAAAAGAUCUAAGUUUGAAUUCAAAUAAAGUGCACAUGGCAAAAGAUAAAAUAAGACAUAAAGCUAUACAUACUACUAGGUAGAAAUAAAAGUGAUCUGAGGUGACUAGCUCUAUGUGUGUGUUUGUGUUCAUCUUAUAAACAUAUAGGUAUAUAUAUACAGUAUGUUCAUUUUUUCCAUGUAUUUUUAAAAGAAUGAAGAGAACAAGCAACUUAAUGACAGGUGAUAAAAUGUGAUUAUUUUUGAAAAAGCAGAUGUACACAGCAGAAACUUCUGUAAAACUGAAAGAAAAAACAUGUGGCUCAUAUUCUUUUAUUAUUAAAUCAUUUUCAGCUUCGCUUAUUUUGAUACUAAUUUCCACAGUUUCAUGGUCAAUAAAUCUUACGUUGGUUCAUAGGGAAGAAAAUGCUCUUAAGCAGUCUGGUAGUCUGACAUAUUGUGCACAAGCCAUGCACUUUCAGUAUCUUUGCUGCCACCUCGUGAAAUUGACAUAUAUUGCUUUUUCUUAACGGAAAUGACGUAGUAAAAGAAACCCUGUACACUUUCUUCAAUUUCGUCUUCAGGUGUAAGCUUCAAGUCUUCGCUCUGCAAGCGGUGAGUUUAGCAUAUUUCUUUGUGAAGUUUAAAUUUUCCAAAGCUAAAUGUAGCCCAUGGAAAGGUUAGAGUCGGCUUCCUGGUGAAAGUUUGCCGGGUGGGAGGAGUCUUUCGGCGGGAGAUAAAAAGGAGUUGGACCGGUUUCUUCUUCCACUUCCUCCUCUCGUCUGGCCGAGAUGGGGAGGAAAGAUCCAGAAGCUGCUUGCUGCAAAAGUCUAACUUCAGAACAUGGCGUAACUCUUUACAUAAGGUUGGUCCGUACUGGCCACUCUCUAAACUCUUCAAAGCAGCUGAGGUGGGAGUUGGACAAGAAGUUUGAGAGGAUGCCACGGGGACGUCUCAACAUAGCCUUUUUGAGUAGAUACUUGAAGAGGAAGGCACCUGUUGAAAUCUCAUGAUGAUGCGUUGGUCACUUCAGCAGCAUGCUUGAGAUGCUCUAGUUGAAGGUACAUGACGUUGGAUGUUUCAGAAGAUGCUGCACUCUAACACAUUUGCCCAGGGCCAAGCUGCCUAUCAAACAGGCUCUCUGGACAAGAUGACCUAGUUUGCGAUCAGUGCUGAACUGAGAGGGCAAGGAGGUCAUCAGGAUUUCCCAAGCUUGUCUGAGUUGAGGAAUUAAAACUUGUCAUUCACACUAGUCAAACUGGAUUGACUGACCCUGUUCACUUGUUGCAGGGUUGGUGAUGCUGUCCGACUACUGUCAGAAACAACCGCACUGAGACACCUGGGACUGCUGCAGGUGUAAGGUGACCUGCUGGAGUUCUGAUGGAGGGGGAGGGCUAGCUGUCUGACGGCAUGAAGUCCUCACACGGUCUUGAUCUUGUUCUCACUGUCAGCCCAGCUUGAGUCGAGCUGGAUCCACUACCUAUUUCGGGUGCAAUGACUCUGGUGCCAUCAGCCAUCUCAUGCUGCGGACAUGCUCAAGAUGCCUCAAAUUAUAUCUGAAAUGUUUACGUGCUUAUGUACAACUUGAUUUCCAGUGACAGAACCCAGCACGAAUUCAUUUCUGCCAAUAGCUCAUCCUAAAUGUUACACACUGGACCAACACUUAAUGUAUUGCGCUAACUGAGCAACAGGGCUGCUGUGAACUGAACUAUUGUAAUGGCUGUUUGAAGAUUUAUGUGCAUUUUGAGAACUGGGACAGUGACUGUAAAUUGCAAAUAAAGGACUUAAGUACA